CUGUUGUCUGCAGCAUCCAUUUGAAUGCGCUCUCCCUCCUUCCACACCUCUCCCCUCUUCAACCCCCAACAACCCUAUAUAUACCAUUCCACUCCUCUCUCUCUCUCUCUCUCUCUCUCUCUCUCAGAGAUCUUGGAAUCUUCCUCUCAUUGCAAUCCUCAAACCAGGUACCUAUUUACAAUCCCAGCCAUUUGCUUUUACCAAAAACUCCCCUCCGAUUUUCCUCUCUUGCAACUAUCACCAUCUCUUUCUGAGAUUUUCUUUUCAAAUCCUUUCGGCAGAGAAAUGGCGGUUUCUUCCAAAGGAAGAACAGAGCUUCCAUUUACGAAGAAAUGGAAAGAAAGGGAAGAGACGAGUCCUGAAAGGACGAAGGUGUGGACGGAGCCAAAGCCGAAGAAGAUCGAAAGGAAAGUCGCAGUCGUUUACUAUCUCUGCAGGAACGGCCAUCUUGAACAUCCUCAUUUCAUGGAGGUUCCUCUCUCUUCUACCGACGGUCUCUACCUCAGAGAUGUUCUCAAUCGCCUCAAUUUUCUGCGAGGGAAAGGCUUGGCCAGCAUGUAUUCGUGGUCAUCGAAGCGGAGCUACAAGAACGGAUUCGUAUGGCACGAUCUCUCUGAAAACGAUUUCAUCUAUCCAGCCCACGGCCAGGAAUAUGUCCUCAAAGGAUCUGAGCUUCUGGAAGCUUCUCGGAGCUCCGGAUCUCAAGAUACUGUUUCCUCGUCCAGCAAUUCCGAUAAGCCUCUGGAAUUGCCGAAAUCCGAUGAUUCGGAUUUCCCGAUCAUUCGGAGGAGGAACCAGUCGUGGAGCUCACUUGAUCUCAAUGAAUAUAAAGUCUACAAGGCUGAAUCGACGGCUGAGAUUGCCGGAAAGGCCGCUGAUGCAUCGACGCAGACGGACGAUAAGCGGAGGCGAAGAAGAGCUAUCAGAGAAGAACAAGAGCAAGAGGAAGAAGAACAGAUCCCUGCCGUCGAAGAAAAUCCGACUACGGAGCUAAGCAGAGAAGAGAUCUCACCUCCGCAAUCAUCCCCCAGUCCAGAAACGCUGGAGUCGCUUAUCAAAGCAGAUCGCCGCGCGCUCAACGCCCCGAUCAGCAUCGAGGAAGCAGAGGUAGAUCGCGAUCGGACGCUUAAUAGUAAUCAAGGAGGGAAGGUCAAGGCUUCUGCGGUUCUGAUGCAGUUGAUCUCGUGCGGUUCGAUCUCGGUGAAGGAUCACGGAUUCUCGUUGAUCUCGCAUUAUAGAGGGAGGCUGCCGCGCGGAGCACCGAAUCGGGUGGUUUCGAAGGAGAUGGACGGGCUAAUGGAGAACCCCGGAUUUGGAGGGUUGAGAUUAGAAGAUAAGGAGUACUUUAGUGGAAGCUUGAUCGAGACGAAGAAAGGGCGUGAGGACGGUGUCGCGGAAUUUUCGGGUUUGAAGCGUUCGUCGUCUUACAAUGCGGACAGGUGCUCAAAGCUGGAUUUGAUCGAGAAGGAGAUCGAUGGCGUCCGUGCGAAAUGCAUACCGAGGAAACCGAAAACGCCCGCGAAGAAAGAAACCGAUACCAUCUCACGGAGCGUUCCCGGGAGUAAGAGAACAAGCGGAGAACCUGUGAAAUAAGAGUCCGUAUUUUGGAUAGAUUACGACCAAAAAAUCACGUCUAACCAAGCUAAGAAACAGAAAAGGAGAGAACUUUUCUUCAGGUGUUUUUUCAAUGAUUAAUGUUGAAGCGAUUCACUCGAGGAGAGAUUGAAGAGGCGAUUUAUGUCAUCAGGUGUGGGGUCCACCGCCUGCAUUAUCCCGUCGUAGUUAGAUGGUCCAAUAUCAGAUGGCAUAGAAUUGUACCUUCAAUCCAAACCCUUGGUCAUUUUUU